CGGCCUUGCGGGAUCGUGUGCUGGGAUAAAGUGCCUGAGCUCCAGAACGGGGGAACAUAUAAAAGUCAACUGGCAACAUCGAGUGUUAGUUGUACCCGUGCUGGAUCCGAGUUAAGAUGAAACGUUUUCUCGCAGGUAUUAUUUUGUGUGCCAUUGGGCUCGUACAUGCUGACGUCGAGUCCGCACUCAAGGAAGCAAACAUCGAUAAAGACAUUAAAAUCACAGCACCAAAUGAGAAAAUUGAGGUGAAAUACGGCGACAAAGCAGUUGAAUUGGGGAACGAAUUCGCACCGACGAUAACUAAAGAUGUACCGGAAGUUCAUUACAAACACGAAGGUGGAGUCCUUUACACCCUCGCUCUCACAGACCCCGACAUACCGAUGAAGGGUUACUACCGGGAAUGGAAACAUUGGUUAGUCGGCAAUAUCCCGGAAGAUAAAGUCGGCAAAGGUGAAGUACUCGCUGAGUAUGUUGGUCCAGCACCACCCAAUGGCACUGGUACUCACCGUUACAUUUUCCUACUCUAUAAACAGAAUCAAGGUGCCAUCACAUUCACCGAGCGGCGUCUCAGUGCGAGAGACAAAGCUCGCAAAUUCUCGAUUACAAAAUUCGCACAAAGCUAUAAUCUUGAGGGUCCAAUCGCCGCAAACUUUUUUACAGCCAAAUACGAUGAUUACGUACCAAUAAUACACAAGCAGAUUAGCUUGUAAAAGGGUCGUUGGACGUUUAUCUUAUACAAGUACUGAUCAUUAUUUGCGAUAUCGUUGAUUGCUUUCACCCCAGUGAUGUACCAUCUUCGUAGGAGAACUGGAAGAAAUUUGUAGAAAUUUUUUUCCUCAUUUUGUGUUAAACUAAAGUAUUCUUUUGUAGAAGGUAAAAUAUUGUGAACAAAUACACGUUUGUUUAAUUUGUUCAAGGAA